ACGGGCUUCGCUUAUGCAAGCGGGUCAGAGAAAAGUUUCGGGGAGGGAUCUAGUUUGUAUUGAGGUGUCGGAAACCUAGCUCAGAGCCGACUCUCUCGCUCUGAAUUCUCUCUCCUCGUUCUUUUAGACCUGCCAAUUCCUGGUACAAGAGGCGACAUGGCCGGAGAUGACGUUUUGCCGCCUCAAAUCCACAUGAAGGGAGGGGAGAAGAAGAAGAAGAAGAAGAAGCAGAAGAAGAAGAAGGGAACAACGGGCGACAUGAGCCGUCCCCGUCCCGAUUGUCAUGAUAUGUCACCGCCUUGUGAAGUCUGUCACCGGCGAUUUCCCGACAACAUCACCCUCCAAAUACAUAGGGAGAAUGUCCAUGUGCUUCAUAUUUGUGAGAUAUGUGGAUUAUCGUUUUACUCUGAUACUCUCCUCCAAACACAUAAGCAGUGUGUGCAUACGCUUCAUACGUGUGAGAUAUGUGGAGUAUCGUUUCGCUCUGAUGCUCAACUCCAGAGUCAUAGGAAAUCCAAACAUCCGGAUUUAAAGAAGAAAAAGAUGAUGAAGAAGAAGAAGAAGAAGAAGAGGCAGAAGAAGAAGAAGAAGAAUGAGGAGGAGGAGGAGGAGGAGAAGGCGAAGGCGGAGGGGGAGCAUGCCAGCAGCUUCCCCAUAGAGAAGACGAUGAACAAGGCGCCCUCACCCUCAUCCUCAAUUUCUGGCGAGAGCUUCCCCAUUGAGAAGACGAUGAACAAGGCACCCUCACCCUCGAUUUCUGGCGAGAGCUUUCCCAUGGAGAAGGUGGACCAGGCAGAAUCUAUACUUAUUAUGGUGAAGUUUGACAUGGAUGAUUCAUUUUCUGGCGCAAUAUACGAAAUCAAACUUGACCAACUUCAGCCACUUGAGCAUGGUAAAUCUGUGGGCGGAUCUAACACUGACCCUUCAACUCUACCAAUGCUCAAACCUGUAGCAGAGUUAUUUGGUAAGGGCUGGAAGACGGAGGAGCUCUUUUUAUUUGAUUGUGCUAGAAUUGGCAGCCUCUCCAAGUUAUAUGUUUUGGUAAAUCAAAUCCCAUGCCCUUAUCUGAAGCCUGUCACUCCGGAGUAUGCAUUUGCCUUCGACAGAAGCUUAGUUUCAGAACUGAUUUCUCCACCAAAGACAACCAAGCAGUAUUGUCUUGUUAUAUCGGCAUAUGGGAUGUUGUACUAUCUUGCACAGCCAUUGUGCUUUCCUCAGAUCCAAGAACCGUCAUUUGAGCGGUAUGAUCCGGCCAGUGAUUCAUGGGAGUCAUUGCCUCCUUUCCCAGAUUAUUCUCUAGAUCAGGCACAGACCGAGAUGACCGGUUAUGCCGUUUGUUAUGGAUAUAUACUAUUAUCCAUGCAAACUGAGAAGAAAUAUGAAGCGGUGGCUUUUCAUAUUCAUAGCAGAACAUGGCACAAGGUGAAGACUAGUCCAGAGAAUCCUUAUUAUUAUCCCUUCUAUGGGAGGGCAGUGGUUUUAGGUAGUACUAUCUAUGCCUUGGCGCAUAAUCUUGAUUUGGUUCUGGUAUUCUCUUUCUGGUGGGAUUCAGACAAGGAUGGUGACAUUGUUAAGCGGCGACAUUUUCUGGGCACCCCAUUGUCUCUGUUAAUAACAGCCAAGUGUCAUCCGCCGCGCAGGUUACUAGGGGAUAGAACUCAGAAUUUGGUUCAUUUAGGGGGGCGAUACUUUUGUGUUGUGCAAACUGGUCAGAACAUUGAUUCUUCUGAGUAUCAGUAUAUGUGUGCGACGACCUUCAGAAUUGCCGGUGAUGGGCAAGAAAUGCAUAUCAAGACUGUUCGCUCAUCCGUUUUUCGAGUCGCGAUCGAAGGGAAUGAUGAAUUUGAAGUUCAGUUCAGCUUCACACCAGAUUGCAAUGACAUUGAACCAGUGGAAGAACAAUACUUUGUGUCUAGUGCAUUGGCUGAAAGGGAAAGUGCGUGGACUUCGAAGGUCAAAGAUGACUUCUUUUCCUUCCCAACUGGUCCUAAACUGGGAUUGGAGGCAUUCAGAACCAAAAAGGAAGACGAAAAAGAAGAAGAAAAAAAAGAUAUAAGGUCCCAAAACGUCCCCGGUUUUGUUGUUCCUCACGGGUACCAUCGCAUCUUUUGAGGGUCGUUUGGGGUAGGGCCUUAAUGUAAGUACUAAUUCAAUUUUGGCCGGUCCGAGAUUCAUUCCAUGCACCACUAAUCCGAACUGUCAGUAUUUCAGAGGAAGAAUGAGUCUUUGGAUUGAUGUAGAAAUGUAACAAGUAGCUUGACUUUCUUGCUGAUGUUGAUCUCUGAUACUCUGCCUGGCUGCUAACGCUUCUAGAAUAGUAGCUGUUCUCUUAUAAA